AUGCGGUCUCCUCUGCCGUUGCUACCAGUACCCCAUGCUGUCGAAGCAGUGAAUGCGGGCGACUACCUCAGCAUGUAUGGAGAUGUGUUUGAAUUCCAGUCCACGAACGCUUUGGGCUUGGUAGAGGAGUUCGAUGCUCCUCUGUUGCAAAUCAUGAAUGGUAUUCCUACAACAUUCCAACAAAAUGGAUGA